GCGCCGGCGAUAGCACCGCUAGGCCUGCCCGGCUGGAUUCCGGGGUCGCGCCCAAGGACCCAGUAGAAUUCAUAGCGACGCUCCGGCGGGCCCACGCGGGGCGGCGGGCGGAUCCGCAGGGCCAGUCGUGGCCUUGGACGGACGACGACGUCAUUAACCGCCAGUGCAGCCUGGACGAGCGACGCGCCGAGCACGCCGUCACGCAGGAGCUUCUGCAGGCCGCCCAGGGGAUGGACACGAAGGACAAGGUCGCGCUCAGCAUCGCUGUGCGGUACAGGCAGUCCGCGCGGGGGGCUGCCGCGCGGUUCGCGGCCGCCAUCCAGGGCGGAUCUUUGGAGCGGGACGUCUUGGCACCGCUGACGCGGGAGUGCAAGGGUGAACUACCGCCGUGCCGGAACGUCGUGCCGAAGGCGCAGCUCGCGGAGCAGCUUUGGCCCGCCGCUGCCGCUAUUGCUGGGCGCGUCCCCUUUAACACGGUCUUGCAGGCGCGGGACUUCAUCAAGCAACGUCUCGUCGCCGACGUCUCGCUCGACGGCGCCCGCGUCUCCCCGUUCAGUGCCGGCGAGGCACGUUGCCCUGUCCACCGCUUCGAUCGCCCUCUCGAGGUUGCGAAGGACCUCGUCCACUUCGGACUUGUCCUUGACGGGAGCACCGCGCCCAUGGAGACCGGGGCCCGGAAAGGCUUGGCGGCCGCCAAGAAGUUAUUCCUGGAUGAGCCGUGGUCUUUGUCGUCGCUGGCGGAGCGGGUGGGCUGCGACGAGUUCGGCGCGGAGAUUCUCUGGUGCGAGUACGGGAAGUACGUCCGCGCCUGCGCCAACGGCGUCACCAGGGAAUACGUCCCAAGGUAUCGCAGGCAGCGCCGAUCGGGCCGCCCAAAAACAGGGCCCUCGGAGGCGCCAGCGCCGCGGCCGUCGGAAGCCUGCCUGCCGCCCGACGAAUGCGACGGGGACUUCGUCGAGGCGGGGGGCGAUUCGCCCGGCAAGGGGUGUCAAUUGUCGCAGGCCGGGGUGCCCGCGCCAAGAGCCCCGCAGGCGCGACCGAUGGCGGCUCCCGAUGGCGCUGCGUUGUCGAGAUCGGCGGAUCCGCCGCCCGCGGUCCGGGGGGGAGGCGGUGCCGGGGAUGCCCCGAGCCCACUUCCCCCCCCAGUCGCUGACGCGGGGCCGCCAGCGGGGCCAAUGACGCAGCAUAUACUCGAAGAUGCGCAGUAUUUGGAGACGGCAGUACGGAGCACUUCGGGCAAGGAGUUGGUCUCCGUCCUGGGCGCCGGAAUUGUCGCAGAAUUGCUCAGCCGGCUCCGGGCGCAGGGCCAGCUGCAGGGCCCCGAUCAGGCAGGGCCAGCUGACGAAAGGCCAGCUGUCGCAGGGCCAAGUGGCGGCGCCGAACAGGUCAUGAAGCGGCGCCGCGUGGCGGCGGCGCCGCCGAAGUGCCUCCCUGCAGCGCAGCCGACGCCCCUCGCGGCGGCGCCGGCACCCGGCGUAGUGGCGGCGCGCCAGGCGGCGCGGCCAGGCGAAGCGGCGGAAGGGGCGCAGCCGACGCCCCUCGCGGCGGCGCCGGCACCCGGCGUAGUGGCGGCGCGCCAGGCGGCGCGGCCAGGCGAAGCGGCGGAAGGGGCGGGGCGCCGCCUGUCGCAGCGGCCGUGGCUGGCGGAACCGCCCGCCGGCCUCGACGAUGCCAGGGCAGCCGCCGCUCAGGGGCGAGCGGCGCGGCCGGAGGCGCACGGGCGGAGCCAGGGCGGCGUGCUGGCGAAGGGCCAGGUGCUGCGCGCGCUGGCGAAGGGCCAGGGCAUCCCGCACUACGGCAGCAAGACCGAUUUGCUGGCCCGAUUGCGUGCUGCGGGGAUUGCAGUCCCAGGGGUCGACUGA